GUGAAAUCACCCCUCAAGAGGACUUCUAGCCCAUCCAUCACCCUUCACUGCAGUAAAACCACAAACCGCAAUAACAUGAACAAUGCUUCCCCGCAGAUCAAUUUGCGUCACGUCCAUUCGAAAACUCGUCAAUAAACGUCCUCUAUCAGCCUGAAACAAAAUAUGGGUAACGACACCAACGGUUCGUUGUCUCACAACAACACCAGUUCCCUCCCCGAAACAGAAUGGACGGACGACUUCGUCAUCUUCAUCAAGGCAACCAUCAUGGGUUCUAUUAUCAUUGCGUCGAUUUUUGGUAACUUGUUGGUUAUAGUUUCGGUGAUGAGACACAGAAAGCUCAGGAUAAUAACCAACUACUAUGUGAUAUCCCUAGCGCUGGCCGAUAUGUUGGUAGCUAUGUUUGCAAUGACCUUCAAUGCCAGCGUGCAGAUCUACGAUGAGUGGAAGUUUGGCUACUUCAUGUGCGACGUCUGGAACUCCCUGGACGUUUACUUUUCAACGUCUUCCAUCCUUCAUCUCUGCUGCAUCAGUGUUGAUAGGUAUUACGCAAUAGUCAAGCCCCUCAAAUACACCCUUACCAUGACUAAGAAGGUCGUUGCUCUGAUGAUCCUCAACACCUGGCUGAGCCCGGCCGUCUUGAGCUUCCUCCCCAUUUUCAUUGGAUGGUACACCACGACUGAGAACCAGGAGUUCCGCAACAACCAUCCCGACAUAUGCGAGUUCAUCGUAAACAAGCCAUACGCUGUGAUCAGCAGCAGCAUUUCUUUCUGGAUCCCUUGCACCAUCAUGAUCUUCAUGUACCUUUCUAUCUUCCGAGAAGCCAAUAAGCAAGAGAAGGAGAUGUACAAUCGACACGGAGCCGCUAAGCUCUUGCACCAAAAUAACACCAACGGAGACAUGCUGUCCAACUCGGGAGGGUCUUCCAAGACCCUGACGCAGCACGAGAUCAACCAGGACCUGCACCAUACGCCGUCAAAGGAGAGAAACAUUUCCAAGAUGAAGCGUGAGCAUAAAGCUGCCAGGACUUUAGGAAUUAUAAUGGGAACCUUCAUACUGUGCUGGUUGCCCUUCUUUACGUGGUAUGACACUGUGUAUCUCUGCGAUUCCUGUCGCGAACACUGCCCCAAAGAAGUAGUUGCAGUAGUUUUCUGGAUAGGAUACUUCAACUCCACGCUCAACCCUCUAAUCUACGCCUACUUCAACAGAGACUUCAGGGAAGCCUUCAAAAACACCCUGCAGUGUGCGUUCUGUAGUUUGUGUAAACGUUCCCCUUCCAAUCUGGACUUUAUAGAUAAUAGGAGGCCCUCGAUAAGGUACGAAGACAGAACUAGAAGCGUCUACUCAGAAACCUACCUCAAACACGUCGACAGAAGGUGUUCUGAGUACGGUUCCAGUCUCUGAGUAGACUUGACUAGUAGCAGGCUCACCACUACGAGUUUUUGAUGUAGUCCUGAGCUCGCUACUAGUGUCUAGGUUUGAAUACUUAAACGAUGGUGCUGUUUUUGUACACUUUGAAACGAGUAUCCAUGAUUCAAUUUGUCUUCGGCAAAUUAGAGUAUGCGCUGUAAAAAGUUCAGUAGGAUUUUGUAUUCAGUCUUAGUGUAUUGUAUAUAACAAAAUUGCCAAAAACUAUGUUAAGUGAGAGAUAUAAUGGAACUAACAAUAAUGUUGCUACAGUUUUCGGGAUAAUGUUUGGAAUGGAAUUCCACAGUUUUCACUGUUUAAAAAAGAUUGGACAGGGAUCAAGGAUUUUUUUGUAUUUUUCAAAGAAAUUGUUGGUGAC